CCUGAACAGAUAUUAUGGGUAUGUUCUCUCGCAUGCAGUCGCAAUCACUUCAGUCGCAUGGACGUCAAGAGUGCUUUGUUUGUUGUUUGGAUGCGACAAUGCUAACAAGCACUGCGCGCCGACCGAGAUGAGGGCACACGAGAGCUCGUGCAAGGUUUCCAUGCUGGCAGGACCAUACGCUGACAAGAUGGAUAUUGCUAGCAACAAUGACAACUGCUACUACAAUGCAUACGGCCAAGUGGUGUGCAACAACGGCGGAUGGUAUAGCUGGGGCAGAUGGCUCGUUCUUGCUUUGGUGAUCAUCGGCGCUUUCCUCAUCUUCUUCCUCUUCUCGUAAGCAUAUUCCACAUCUUCCGCCAGGCUACGGCAUACUGACUGGCCAUCGUUAGCUGCGUCUCGGCACGUAGGAGGAGAAGAAUGGGCUACCGACCGUACGCCGGCACAGGUUGG